AUGGAUUCAAAUUCGAAAACUCCUGCAGAAGUCAUGAUGCCAUGGGUGGGCUUGUAUGUUGCUAUAGCAUCUUUCAUAUGCGUCAUUGCAAUGGCAGCCGAUGCGGUCCAAGCAGUAUGGCAAUGGAAGCUCUGGUUUCCAAAUAGAUUUUUCACUCUCAAUGCUGCAACAAUCACACUUAUCGCAAUUGCAAUGAAGCUACCGGUGGAUCUAAGUACUGACCUUUCCGACAAAAAGAUGUUAGUUGGGGUUGUUGUAGGCAGUAUUGCACCGAUUUUAAGAUGUUUCACGUCUAUCGGUCAUUAUAGCCUCUCAAAGAAAUUAAGCAAGAACCAUUUAAACGUGUUCCGGGUUGAAAAACACUGGAUCGAAAGGCUUCAACAGUGGAAACGUAACCAUGUUCAUUCACAUAUUCCAGGCCGUUAUUUGAAGAUCGUUUUUCAUUAUGUAAAAAACGCCUUUUUAAACUUCUGUUUAGCACUUCAUAUUGUGGUUCUGUCCGUUUUGGAAUGGCUUAAGAAGGUGGCAACCACGUCUAAUGGCAACAUGAGCUCAGAAAUAGAAGAAUAUGCUAGAUAUGUUGUCCAAAUUGAGGAGGAGGCAAAACUUUCAAAAAGAAUAUUAAGAAAUACGCUUCGUUCUAUAACGGAACUUCUUAAUGCAGAAAAGGAGCCGCGUAAUCUUUUGAUGCUUUUAGAGAAAUCUAAAGGAUUCAUUGGAGUAGUAGAGUUUGACAAUGACCUAGUUCAACCUUUAUAUCCAGAAGAAACCCACAAUUGUUGGAGCCUUGUAGUAGUAACAUUGACAACAAUUGCCAUUGCACUUCCUAACAUUGCAAAUGGUCAUUUCAAGGGGCUUCUUGCCGGCAUGAGUGAAGGCCUCAAGAUUGUAAGACAUAUUGAAGAUUGUCUCGACGCAGAUGGUGAACUAGUAAGUGCAAUAAAAUCGGCAAGAAGGGUGUGGAAAGAAGUUGAAGUAUACCGCAAAUGGCUAAAAAUCGAUCUUCAAAAUAAGGCUCACGAAGAUAAAACAUCUAAAGAGAUCCUUAAAUGGUUGGGAGAUGAAGGAGAAAAAAUUAUGAAAAGGUUUAUGAGUAACAAAAAGUCAAGUAUAGAUCGUUCGCCUUAUAAGUUCGUACUUGCAAGUUCCAUGUACAGGAUUAGCACGAGCAUUCUAUUGCACUUAAAUGCACAAGAAAUCUCGUUGAAUGAUGAAGACCUUUUCGAAUGGAUAUCAACUAUAAUUGCUGAUAUUUUAUUCGCAUGCUUUACCAACUUACCACGUGUCAUAAAAAUGAAGUGUCACCACAAUGAAAUAGAGAAAAGGGGAGAUAACAUCCGGAUUGCAGCUCAACUUCUUGGUAAGUCUAAAGAGAUUCUUAAGAUUCUUGAAGCACGUACACUUCCUAACAUAGAUCAAGACUCGAUGGCAUACAUUGAUAAGUGGCGUGUACUUCCCAAGAUUCAACUAACCAACGGUGGUGCUUCUACAAAUGAGAUAUACCAAGAUCAUCAUGUUGUGGAGCUCUUGGCUGGCGUGUGA